AUGUUCUACAAUUGGAACCAGGGAGUAACGACACCCAAAGAAGAUCCGGCGAUUUCGGAAUUUCAAAACUUUUCCGGCGGAUCCAAACGCCGACAAGAUCGUUGGCAGCCUAAGGAAUCAGGGUCCAAGAAAUCAGGAUUGCAACGCUCACAUAUGUUCAGGAGUGGGAAUCAGGAAUCAAUGGUAGACUUAUUUAUUUCUAAUAAGAAAUCUCGAUUGGGAAAACGUUUUGUUUUUAUACGAUUUGCGGAUGUGAAUGAUCCUGAUCGUAUGAUUAGAGACCUAUGUGGUAUUUGGUUUGGGUAUCAUAAACUCUUUGCUGCUGUACCAGGAUUUUCAAAAAAUUCUAAACCUCAUGCACCCCAUGCAACAGAAGGGAAUUCUAGGGUAAAAGAACAAAAUGGGGAUUUUAUUGUGGAAAAAAGACAUCGAGCUUGCUUCAUUAGGGGUAGGGAUUUUCUUACAUUGCCUAAUCUUCGAAUGCUAUGUUAUGAUGAAGGAUUUGAGGAUUUCGACAUAUGUUAUUUUGGUGGAUUAUGGGUUAUGCUUGAAUUUAAACAUGAAGUUGCGUGA